AUGUUUAAAUCUUUUAAUGGAUUAGAAUUAAAAAGUUCAGAGAAUGAAGGUCGUUAUUUAAUAGCAACUCGUGAUAUUCAAAUUGGAGAAGAUUUAUUAAAAUGUAAAUCAUAUUUUGCAGUUACAUCAGAAACUUUAAAAACAACAUCAUGUUUUAAUUGUAUUAAACAAUUACCAUCAGUUAUUAAAUUAUCAUUAAAAUGUAAUCAAUGUAAUGAAAUUUGGUAUUGUAAUGAACAAUGUAAAAAUGAAAAUAUUAAUAAACAUCAACAUUAUGAAUGUAAAUUUUAUAAAAAAUUAAAAUCACCAAAAUUAAAAGUUUAUCCAAAUUUUGAUAUUGAAACAUUUACAGAAAUUAGAAUGAUCGUUGGUUUGUUAUCAAGAUAUUAUCAAGAUAUUUUAUUAAAUAAUAAAUUUAUUGAACAACAAUUAAAUAACAACAAUAAUAAUAAUAAUGAUAAUGAACAAUUAACAAAUACAUUAGAUGAUGUUUUUGAUUUAGUAGAAAAUCAAGUUACAGAAGAAUCAAAUCCAGCAGCAAAAGAAAGAAUUGAUUCAAUCGUUGAAUUUAUAAGUGAAUUGUUUAAUUUAGUAUUAUUAGGGUCAACAACAACAAAAUCAAUAAUUAAUAAUGAUGAUAAAAUUGAAAUGAUUAGGAAAAUUAAUGAAAAAAGUAGAUCAAUUAUACAUAAAACUAGAUGUAAUCAAUUUGGAAUUUGGACAAAGAAUGAUAAGUGUAUUGGUGUUGCAGUAUCACCAAGUAGUAGUUAUUUUAAUCAUUCUUGUAUACCAAAUUGUACAGAUGUUAGAGAUGGUAGUAAUAUGACAUUUAAAUCAUUAUAUCCAAUUAAAAAGGGUGACCAAUUGACAAUAUCUUAUAUUGAAUUAGAUCAACCAAUACAAGAUAGAAAAGAUGAAUUAAAGUAUGGUUAUUACUUUGAUUGUAUUUGUCCAAGAUGUAAUGGUGAUUCAAAUUCAAUUGAUUCAAUGGAUAAUUGGAUUUCAAAGUUUUAUUGUUCUCAAAAGAAAUGUACAGGUUUAUAUUAUUCAAAACCAAUGAUACCAAUUUUAAAUACAUUAACUUCAAAUCAUGAAAUUCAAUUAUCUUGUUCAAAUUGUAAUAAUAUUAAUAUAGUUACACCUUCUUUUUUUAAUAAAUAA